UCCAUUCCUUCUAAUAUAAACUAUAUAACCCUUCCCUCCAUAUUCUUCUUUUAAUUACAAAAACAAAAAUCAUCAAAAAUGGUUUCAACACAAAAAAUGAGUUUCUUUGCUUCUUUCCUCUUCAUUGCGGUUCUCCUCCCGGUUGUUGCUGCCGUCCACCGUGUCGGAGGCGAUUUUGGUUGGAACCUACCACCAACUCCCACCUUCUUCUCCGAAUGGGCUAGUAAUAAGACUUUCUUUGUCGGUGAUUUCCUAGUGUUCAAUUCAAGUGCCAACGAAACUCACAACUAUGCAAUGCCCGAGUCUCAAGCAGAGUUUGAUGGGUGUGUGAAGCCAGGAUUAUUUUUCGAGACUGUCAGUUCUGUGAGCUUUAAUCGCCCUGGACGUAAAUACUUUAUAUGUAAUGUUGGGAAUCACUGCAAUUUGGGCAUGAAAUUUGCUAUUGACAUUUUGCCUAAACCUGGAUCAAUCGCACCCAACGCUGCUCUCAAAAUUGUUGCAUUCCCUACAUUACUACUUCUCUUCAUCACCAUCAUCACCAAUUUCUUCUUCUUCGUUUAAGAUAUAUUUAUACUUUCAAAUUAUCUCCAAAGUAUAUGAUAUUUUUUUAAUUUUAAUAACUCUAUUGUAAUUAACAUGAUUUAUUUAAUAUAUUCAUUCACUUGUCUUUAGCCCCUCAUUGAAAUCCAUUGUUAUGAAUGGAGAAAUUUGAUGUUUGUAUAUUUAAAUAAAAAUGGAGUAAAAUAUCAUUUUGGCCUCUAAA